AUGUCGUCGUUGCUGCAUCUGUCCGAAGACAUCCUGCUGGAAAUAUGCCGUCACAUAUCCCCCAUUGAUCUCCUUUCCUUGAAACAAACUGGUCGCGCCCUGUACGCGUUCGGAUGUACAGACUACGUCUGGCACCAACUCCAAGUGGAUCUACCCCUUGACAUCCCACCAUUCAUUGAUUCCAAGGCUCUGCCUGCAUCGCGUCUCCAGCCUCUUAUCACUCACGCCCUCCGACUUGACCAUAACUGGCGGCAGCAGUGGUCACAGGUCAAACGCACAGCGAAGAUCGAUCACGGAGACAUACUCUCUCAUAUGCAGCUUUUAGAUUGCUCGCAAUGGCUGUUCACGAUGGCUAGGUCGCAUCGGUCCAAAGCCCACAUAUCACUUUGGUCGCUGCACGAUAUGACAUCCGUACACCGCGUCGUCCAUUUCGAGAUCCCCUGCAUCUUCAAAACAUACGCGGGAAUGCAACGGAACAACAAAGAAAUUAUUUUCGCAGUGAUCGUCAGACUGCACGACUCGGAAUUCAUGAGUAUCUAUUCGGUCCAGCUCGACGACGAUGCGUUAAUCGCGCCGAAACUCAUUCCUCCAAGAUUGAUACAUACAAUUGAGCAACAACCUCACCUGGGAAUAUUUACUGAUCUCCACGUUCAUGCACACUAUGUCGUUGCCAAAUUGUUCAAGCUGACAGGCCGUACUAUACCACAUACAUCCUUCCUCUUAAUAAACACUCGGACUGGCGUCAUAGUCGCCGCGUAUAUGAAAGACCUGCAUCUCUCUAAUGUCCAGAUCCGGCUAUUCGACGAGCACGUCGUCGUGACUGGUGUUAAGGCAGACAUGGCACUGAUAAAUCGUGUCUACCGCCUCCCCGACAUCAUCACAUCCCCCUUCCUCUCCACUACAUCCCCUCCAUUCCAGCAAAUAAUAACAAUCGAUGACUUCGGGCUCCCCGUACUCGUGUUCGACCCCUUACCCAUCAAGAGCGACGCUGAGUACCACACUAGCGACGAUAUAUCUAAAUCAGGAGGGCUAAUGGUAUUAUGCGUGGACCCCUCUAUCGAUUCCCCGAGGCAUUCUGGGGAGUUCGUAGCACGAUGCCUUCUACCUCCCAACAUAAAAACUUCCCCCUCUCAUACUUGCCCAUCUCCAUCCCCGUCUCCAUCCUUAUCCAACAGCACUCCUCGUCUCCCCACCACCCCAAUCCGCAAAUAUCCAAUAACCACAUCCCCGCAUUCCCUUCCCGAAGAAAUGUGCAUAGGCACGUCUGGGUACCGUGCCGUCUGGGUCGAGCGCUCAUGGGAAACCGACGAAUUUAAGUUCAUGAAACUGACCUUACCGUGCAGCCCCGAGGAAAGACCUGUUGUGGGCCCCCUCUUCCCCCCUCACACAGCCCUCCCCUUUCGCGUCCAAUCAUGUCAAUCCCUUGCAUUCGACGAUGCCGCAGGCCGAUUAUGUGUAGGCCUACACAGCGGCGAAAUAUAUCUUUUUGAUUUCGUCUAG